UGUGGUUCGAAUUCCAUCCAAAAGCACAGAAGUUUUGCUACUAACUCAUCCAGCAUCUGCUAGUCUUCUGAAGCACAUUACUGUCAGAGUGCUAAGUGGUGGAAUUUCAAUCUUUGGGUAUUCAAUGGACUGUCAGAGUUCUCCUGUGAAGUUGUUUUCUUCCAAAAAAACUGGAAUUAUUAGCCUAAAUACUGAAUAUUCGGAGUCAAUGUGGAAAAACAGAGAUUUGUAUAAAAGUGUGAAAAGGAGUUUGCAAGCUAUUUCAUCUACAGAGACAGCCAUGGAAAUUUUAGCUGAGUGUACAAAUUCAACAGUGAUAGUUGUUCUUGAAAGAUGCCUUUAUCCUUCCCCAAUACAGUUUGUUAAAUUGUAUUUUUCACAUGUGUUUCACUUUAAGACAAAACCUCAGAGGAAUCAAGAUCGUGCUUUUUGUGAAUUGAAUGGACAGGGAUCUAUUAGAUUUAGUACAUUCUGUGAUAGCCUUGCUGAGAAAAUAAAUGAGUGCAUUCGUAGGUCAACAAUUAAAGAUGAGCCUGGACCAAGGAUUCUAGUUUUGGGACCGAAGAAAUGUGGAAAAUCAUCAUUAGUUCGUUUUUUGAUCAAUAAAACUUUGCAUACGUUUCAAGAAGUUUAUUAUCUGGAAUCCGAUCCUGGCCAAACAGAAUUUACUCCUCCAGGUGUAAUUAGUUUGACUAAAGUGACCAAACCAUUGCUGGGUAAGAUAGCAAUUUUAUGUAGAAGAGAAAUAUAUCAAUAUCAAAUUAAAAUUAAUCUUUGAUUGAUGGAAAUGUAUGACAGUGCCUCAUCGUACAAGUACCAACCCAUUUUUCAAUUUUACCAUUCAUUGUUCGUGAAUACAAAAUCCUUCUUAGUUCUGUUACAAAGUGUUAGGUGUAUUGUUAUUUGCAUCCUUAGGGAAAUCUGUUUGUAUUUAAAAAAAAAAAAAAAAAAAAAAAAAAAAA